CUCAAAUUUUGCUUUUUGCAGAAAAAUAAGGUUGGGAAUGAAGGGAGAAAGGUGAAAGGUGAAAGGUGAAAGGCAUCGCCUUCAACCUUUGUAUUGUGUAUUGCAUUGGGAUCUGAUGGGUUUGUACCAUUGAAGAGAGACCUAACAAAUUUAGAAUAUUAACUCUCAAGUCAAAGUCAAUGACUCAAAACCCUCAUCUCAUUCAUUCCUCUUCUUCAUCAUCAUCAUCAUCAUCAUCACCACCAUCAUCAUCUUUUUCACUACUCACCCACUUCUCUCUCACUUUCUUUCAUUGUUUAUUCUUCUUAAAGGUGACUAGUUGGCAGCACUACCUACCAGCUUCAUUCCCACUCCCACUACUGAACCUCUGAUCUCCAUUUUUCACUCCCUUCUCUCAAUUUCCCCCUUCAAUUCCCCUUCUUUUUCCCACCCCAAAUCCUUCAAUUUCACUUUUCCACCCAUUUUGGAAUGUGGGUUCUUCUGUUUUUCUCCUUUUCUUUGAUUUUCUUUCACUUCUUGGGAUCUGAGUACCCCUGAUUUUGGUAACUCAUUUUACUCUUACCCUUUUCUGUAAUUUCUCUCUUGUGUAAAUUCUUAGUCUGUUUUCUGCUUAAUUCUUGUAUUUUUGUCAGUUGGGGUUGAAUGGUGUAACUAGUUUUAAGUACUUUUGUUUCCGGGUCUGUUCAUUUGAAUUGUGUAUUGGUUUUUUUUUUCCCCACAGAGAUUUUGAACUGCUUUGUGGGUUUUGAAGCAAUGCAGGUUACCUGUUUGAUAAUCUUACUCUUUUUGUUAGUAAAUGUGUUGGGACAGUCUGAUUUUGCUGCACUUUUGGAGCUGAAGAAAGGCAUUAUUAAAGACUCUUCUGGGAAACUUGAUUCUUGGGACUCAAUGUCCUUGGAUUCUGAUGGUUGCCCCAGUAAUUGGUUUGGAAUUGUUUGUGUUAAUGGCCGUGUUACAUCUCUUACUUUCGAUAAUGCCGGUUUAGUUGGUGACUUUGACUUUUCAGCCAUUACUGGUCUCUCUUUACUUCGUAAUUUAUCACUUUCAAACAACCAGUUCACUGGGACUAUUGCGAAAGUUGGUUUGUUUAAGUCACUUGAAUUCUUGGAUCUGUCCCGCAAUAGGUUUCGUGGUACGGUACCUAGUUUGUUGAUUGGUUUGGUUAACUUGGUAUCGCUCAAUUUUUCUUCAAACCAAUUUGAAGGGGCUUUCCCUACUGGUUUUGGGAAACUUGCGGACUUGAAGUAUGUAGACGUGCAUGGUAAUGGCUUCUCGGGGGAUAUCACCGGUUUUUUGUCUCAAAUGGGCAGUGUUGUAUAUGUUGACUUAAGUAGCAAUCGGUUUACUGGUUCGAUGGAUGCCGGAGUUGGGAAUCCGUCUUUCAUUUCCUCUAUUCGGUAUCUCAAUAUUAGCCAUAACCUGUUGACUGGAGUGCUUUUUCCUCAUGAUGGGAUGCCAUAUUUUGAUAGCUUAGAGGUUUUUGAUGCUAGUAACAAUCAGUUUGUUGGCAACAUACCGGACUUCAAUUUUGUGGUCUCCCUACAAACGCUAAUACUUGGAAGAAACAAAUUAUCGGGGUCACUUCCAGAAGCUCUCUUACGAGAUAGGUCAAUGCUCUUGACCGAAUUAGAUCUUAGCCUUAAUGAGCUUCAAGGUCCUGUUGGGAGUAUUACAUCAACAACUCUGAAGAAGCUUAAUAUAUCUUCAAACAAGUUGACAGGCUCCUUGCCCACCAUGGUUGGGCGAUGUGCUGUUAUAGAUCUUAGUAAUAAUAUGCUUUCGGGUGAUUUAUCUCGGAUUCAAAGUUGGGGAAAUCAUGUGGAAGUUAUUCAGUUAAGUUCAAAUUCAUUGACAGGAACGUUAUCAAAUAAAUCUUCUCAAUUCUUAAGGCUUGCUUUAUUGAAUAUCUCCAAUAACUCAUUAGAGGGUGUUCUUCCAACUGUGUUGGGUACAUAUCCUGAACUCGAGGUUAUUGAUUUAAGCCAUAACCGACUUAAUGGUCCUGUCCCUUCUACCCUUUUUCACUCAUUGAAGUUGACUGAUCUUAACCUCUCUGGCAACAAUUUUACCGGUCCUAUACCACUCUAUGAGAGUAUAGAUUCUACGUCAAGUUCUUCUUUGCAAAGUUCAAGCCUGAAAUCUCUUGAUCUGUCACGUAACUCAUUGACCGGUCGCUUACCGGUGGAAUUGAGUAAGUUGAACAGCUUGGUAUAUCUCAAUCUGUCCAAAAAUUAUUUUGAUGGCAUCAUCCCGGAUAAUCUUCCAAAUAGUUUGAAGGGCUUUGAUGUGUCAUUUAAUAAUCUAUCUGGAAAAGUUCCAGGAAACUUGAUGAGGUUUUCUGAUUCAGCAUUUCAUCCAGGAAACUCCUUGCUAAAUUUUCCUUCUUCCCCAUCAACUCCAGGAUAUUUCCCUGGUCUACCGUCAACAAUGCACCGGGCUCGUAUGAAACCAGUAGUUAAAAUCGUUCUCAUUGCUGGCUUGAUCGUGGUUGCUGCAUUUGUAGUUCUUUUUUGUAUUAUAUUGUAUUACAGAGCCCAAAGGCUCGACCGUAGAAGCACUUCCACCAACAAUGCUAAGGAAGGUGCAGUGGAAGAAGCUUCUUCUGUCACUAGUCAAUCUGAAACUGAUAAAAAGAAGAAUGCAUCAAUACCACCAUCUGGUUUUCGUCAAGAUUUCCUGCCACCAUCUCAUCGAGUGGAGAGUCGUGUCGGUGGUGACAUUUGGUCAGUUUCAGACAAGGCUAGAGAUUUUGGCUACCAUGAAUCAUUAGGAAAAGGAGAAGGAAUAUCCUCACCUAUGUCUUUUAUGUCAUCUUCAAAUCCAUCACCUUCAAAGAUGCAACAACAUCUCGAUCAUCCCCGAGCACUAAAAGUUCGCUCUCCUGAUAAAUUGGCUGGGGAUCUACAUCUUUUUGAUGGCUCCUUGAUGUUCACGGCGGAAGAACUUUCUCGUGCUCCAGCCGAAGUUGUAGGGAAAAGUUGUCAUGGGACAUUGUACAAGGCGACACUCGACUCUGGACAUGUAUUGGCUGUCAAAUGGCUGAGGGAAGGAAUGGCAAAAGGAAAAAAGGAAUUUGCAAGAGAAGUGAAGAAACUGGGGAGCAUCAAACACCCAAAUUUAGUUUCCAUCAAUGGAUACUAUUGGGGGCCGAGGGAUCACGAGAAGCUUGUUAUAUCGACUUUUAUUAAUGCACAGUCUUUGGCUUUCUAUCUUCAAGAGAUGGAGAGAGGAGGAGUCUUGCCUUUAUCUCUACCGGCCCGUCUUAAAGUUGCUUCGGACAUUUCUCAUUGUUUAAACUUCUUUCACAACGAGAAGGCUAUCCCACAUGGCAACUUGAAAUCCUCAAAUGUUUUGUUAGAAACUUCGACUAUGAAUGCACGACUUACAGAUUACAGUCUACAUCGUAUAUUAACUCCGGCCGGCACAGCAGAGCAAGUUUUGAAUGCAGGUGCUUUAGGUUAUCGGCCACCCGAAUUUGCAAGCUCGAGCAAGCCAUGUCCAUCAUUGAAGAGUGAUGUCUAUGCCUUUGGAGUCAUCUUGUUAGAGCUCCUAACAGGAAGAAGUUCAGGGGAAAUAGUUUGUGGGAUCCCAGGAGUUGUUGAUCUAACAGAUUGGGUAAGGUACUUGGCCCGAGAAAACCGGUUCGAUGAGUGCAUCGACAAGACAAUUCUGGACCUCGACGAUGACGAAAAGCCACCAAAACAACUUGAAGAUAUGCUUCAGAUGGCCCUAAGAUGCACUCUAUCAGCAGCUGAGAGGCCUGACAUGAAAACUGUCUAUGAAGAACUUUUAGUGAUUGUGCAGUAGAAGGAAAAUCAUGGUACAGAAGCUCUAACUUAAGCUUUUUUUUUUUUGUUUAAAUUGCUAACAUCAUUGUUUUUAUAUCAUCAAUAAGCUGUUGUUUUCUCAAAUUUGCACCAUUUUUGGAGUCGAUCCAAGAUGUAAUUUGUUCUAUAAACUUAAGUUAAUUGCAAGUACAUAGUCCAUAAGUUAUUAGCAGGAGUUGAGUUUGUGUAUACAGUUCAUUAAGGAGUUGGAAUUUAAUUUAGGCCAUUGGUUGAUCUUAAACCUCUCAGUUCCUAAUGAUUAAUUAACAUUAUUUGAAAGUUCCUUUAA